CCCGGCCCUCGCGCCCCCGCCGCCGCCCCGGCGCCCCGCCCGGCUCUCCCCUGAGCGCCGCCGCCCUCGGCGCGGCGCGGCCCGGCGGCCGGGAUGAAGCUGACGGACAACGUGCUGCGGAGCUUCCGCGUGGCCAAGGUCUUCCGCGAGAACUCGGACAAGAUCAACUGUUUCGACUUCAGCCCCAACGGCGAGACCGUCAUCUCCAGCAGCGACGAUGACUCCAUCGUGCUCUACGACUGCCAGGAGGGCAAACCAAAGAGAACGUUGUACAGUAAGAAGUAUGGAGUGGACCUCAUCAGGUACACACACGCUGCCAACACUGUCGUGUACAGCUCCAACAAAAUAGAUGAUACAAUCCGAUACCUCUCCCUGCAUGACAACAAAUACAUUCGGUAUUUCCCAGGGCACACAAAAAGGGUGGUUGCUCUUUCAAUGUCUCCAGUGGAUGAUACUUUUAUUUCUGGAUCCCUCGAUAAAACUAUUCGACUUUGGGAUCUCCGCUCUCCCAAUUGCCAGGGCUUAAUGCAUCUCCAGGGGAAGCCUGUGUGUUCUUUUGACCCAGAAGGAUUGAUUUUUGCUGCUGGAGUCAAUUCUGAAAUGGUGAAGCUCUAUGACCUCCGUUCUUUUGACAAGGGGCCAUUUGCCACGUUUAAGAUGCAGUAUGAGCGGACGUGUGAGUGGACAGGGCUGAAGUUCAGCAAUGACGGGAAACUCAUCCUCAUAUCGACCAACGGCGGGUUCAUCCGGCUCAUCGAUGCCUUCAAAGGGGCUGUCCUGCACACGUUUGGGGGUUAUAACAAUAGUAAGGCUGUCACGCUGGAGGCAUCAUUCACACCAGACUCUCAGUUCAUCAUGAUAGGCUCAGAAGAUGGGAAGAUCCAUGUUUGGAAUGGAGAAAGUGGGAUGAAGGUGGCUGUCCUGGAUGGGAAACACACAGGUCCCAUAACCUGUCUGCAGUUCAAUCCAAAAUUCAUGACUUUCGCCAGCGCAUGUUCCAAUAUGGCCUUCUGGUUGCCAACUAUUGACGACUAAUUCCUCUGCUGCAGCUGCUGUUGGAUGACUUCCACACUGUAACAGCAGCACAUCAUUGCAAGCAUAGCAUUGGAAUUGCCUACAUCUCCUAGACUGUGUUCCUGUUCCUGCAUAUUUUCCAUGUCUUACCUUUGUUUGCAGCAUUCCUUUGUGAGGACUGCUCCACACGUUCAGAAGCAGCAUGCUACAUGUUCUUAACCUUCCAGUCCGUGUCCAGCACGGCUUCAGCCCAAGUUGGAACUGACACAGUAUUAUUUCUAAGGGCGGUGAAGUCUGUUUUAUUUACAAAAUGUUUGUGGGAUUUUUUUAAAGCUGUAAUUGUGUGUUUUCCUGCUGUGAGUGCACAAGGCUAUUGAUGUUCCAAGGUGGAACGUGCAGUUCCUUCCCAUAAGUGCAUGUUUUUAACAUCUGGGAUCUCUCUGGUUUCACUGCAGUCCACAAAUGCAAAUUCCUCUGUGCCAAAUGUGAACACUGACAGUUUUCAACUUCAGCAGCAGAUGCCGAAUUCUCUUGCAGUGGAACACGCAGCAGAAGCGUGGGUGACAGUGAAUGUACCUGAUACAUCUCGUCAUCCUUUUUUUGGAGAUUUAGAGUGCAACUGUACAGGUUUUGUCUGCUGCCAGAGGUUGCCAAAGCCUCCCUGCUGUUUGCUGUGCCAGCAUCCCGGAGGCACAGACAGCACUGGUGAGGUCCAGCCAGUGUCCCAAGCAAUAAAGGAGUCUGUCAGCAGGAAGACGGAGAAACCAAACUGAGACUGAAA